AUAAUUCCCAGAACAAAAGGGCAAAAAACCCAGUUUACAAGAAAGGGCCUAAAACCCAAACUAAAUCUGGACCCAAAGGCUACAAAGAAGCAGGGACAUAAAGGUAACUUCAUUACCAAUUUGAACUAGAGAGAAAAUGGGAGAAUGUGGGCGUAUUGGUGGAGGGUAGUGGCAAUAACCGCCUUAACUGCCACUUCCCCAAAACAUACAAAAAUAAAGAAAAGAAAAAACAUUUCUUUCUCAUCUUCAAAAACAUCAUAGAACUGGGAACCCUGAACUUCUCUGUCGCGGAGAACAAGCAGCAACAGCAACAUCAAAACACAAAGACACGGAGGAAGAAGAGAAGCAAAUGCCUAGUUUCCGGAAAAUGGAAGGAUUUAAGAAGGAAGAAAUAAGGAAAGGGCCAUGGAAAGCAGAAGAAGAUGAAGUACUGAUUAUGCAUGUUAAAAAAUAUGGUCCGAGAGAUUGGAGCUCUAUUCGGUCCAAAGGCCUUUUACAACGAACUGGCAAAUCUUGUCGUCUUCGUUGGGUUAAUAAGCUUAGACCCAACUUGAAACAUGGGUGCAAGUUUUCAGCAGAGGAAGAGAGGGUGGUGAUAGACUUGCAGGCAGAAUUUGGGAACAAAUGGGCUAGAAUCGCCACUUAUUUGUCUGGAAGGACUGAUAAUGACGUGAAGAAUUUCUGGAGUAGCAGACAGAAGAGGCUGGCUAGGAUUUUGCAGACUUCAGGAACACCUUCCACUUCUAAUUCCAAGCCACAGAAGAGUAAAAAUGAAGUUCCCGUCUUUCAAGAUGUUCCCACUUUGGAGGCUCCAAUGUUCAGUUCUUCAAUGGAGGAAGAGCCAUCCUCGAAGGCUUGUUCAUCAUCCUACUUGGAUAACCUCGAACAGAUAAGAAUGAUGCCAUUACCGUCUCUGGUUAAGACUGAUUUUCCAGACGGUUUUGCAAAUCUUGGUCAGUAUGAGCCCCUGUCAACGAUUCCCUUCCCUCAGAUCCCACAGCCCCGACCAGGCCUUUUAUUCUCACCAGAAAGCCAUGAGCUCCUGGCUAGGCUGGAUGACCCUUACUUUCUGAAUGUGCUUGGAACCGCAGAUGCUCCUGAACUUGGAGAUGCAGCACAAAUUUCACUUGGGCCUCCAUUGUUUGAUCCAGUAUCAAGUUGUAUGAAUAGUGCAACGGAUGUGAAGAAUCAUGGGACCCCAGAUACCCUCUUCGAUGAGUUUCCAUCAGACAUGUUUGAUCAUAUUGAACCGCUUCCAAGUCCUUCAGAGUGGUGAAGGAUUGAUCACACAAGGCUGUUUUUAUGAGGGUGUAGAAGGAUGACCUCUUGAAUAGUUUCUCUGGGCGAAAAAUUUGGCAUGUCUAUCUCGAGAUUGUUGUUCAAUUGACUUCUAUUCUUUGCACUAACCUUCGGAACUAUAUGUGUGAUCUCUCUCACACACACACAUUUAUACAGAUGAAAAUGGCUGCUAAUCAUGAAAUUCCAGCCCAUCUGUGCUUAGUUUUAGUAUCUUGGUCAUUUUACUUGUUCAUUUAUUUUAUUUAUUUAUUGGCUGUUCACUGAUUCACGGAUCCUGAGGUGAAGUGCAGGUAUUGCCUCGCGGGGCAGAGCAUCACCUUGUGUCUUUCACUCGCUUUCACUCAGUUAUACCAGCAUCAACAUCCGACUAAUGGCAAGUUUGUGGUGUUGUGGGCUGAUCUUGGCAUGUAGAAUAACCCCAUUUUUUUUUCCUAUGACGAUUGAAAGCAAUGUUUCAAAGAGAUUAAACAGCUUCAAGCCAUGCAAACUCCAUCUUUCUUGUAAAAUUGCGCAGGAUAAACCCCUAGCAUCACCUGUACAUUAAAAGAUAUCAUGAAGACGAACACGUCCAAAUUCAUCCUACCCUAUGGUAAUUUCUCAAACAAAAGAAAACCAUCUAAACAAGGAAUUCACCAUUUUCUACAGAAAGGGAGCUCAAUCAAGAUUCAUUUAUAACGUUCAGGGUAACAUUUAACCACACCAAAACCCAAAGAAAGUUUCCCUAAUUACCUCUUUUAUGUUGUUUGCAAUGAAAGCGAUAACAGCUCAAUUCCCUGAUGGAACAAUGGUAUCUAAUUGACCUUUACAAUCAAUUAGCCCUAAAUUAAGAAUCCCUUUGAUCAUAGCAGUUCUCCUAGAAACACAAGCAAGUGCGCUUAAGGCAGCCCCCAAAGGUUGACAGAAGAAAUGUUUAAAAUGGUUUCUCGCA